AUGAGAUUGGAGCAAGCAGAACUCAGUCGCGUCAUGAAAUUCUUCAAUGUUAGUCUCGUGUUGUUAAUUACUUCCCUUGUGUUUGCCGAUGCUUGUAGAUCGAUCUUACGACGGGGACCUCGUAUAAUUAAAGCGAUUACAAGAGCUGCCAAUACUGCAAUAAAGUACACGUCUAAAACAGGUUUAGAUAGAACAAUAGCAGCUCCUCCAAUGAUGACCAACAGAAGGGAAACACCUGCAGACACGGCAGGUAAACAAAAACCAGAAUCAGCCCCUCCAAUAGCGACCACCACAAGAGAGAUGACCAUGGCUACAACAGGUAAAUCAAAUCCAGCAACGGCCCAUUCAACAGUGAUCACCACAUCUUCGAUGUCCACAGUCACAACGGGUAAAUUAAAGACAUUGUCUACGCCACAAGCCAGCAGUGAGAUGACCACCUCACAAAUGUCUCUUCUUUCACCAUCUGCUCCACUUCAUCUCUUCAGCUCUCUUUUCCUUCUCCUGGCAUCGUACAUGCUUAUCUAA